AUGACACUACCGCGCAAAACAAUCGCCGUCGUCAACGCUACCGGCCGUCAGGCUGCGUCCUUGAUUCGUGUUGCGUCCGCCGUGGGGUAUGCGGUUCGUGCCCAGGUCCAUUCCCUCAAAGGCAUCAUUGCACAGGAGCUCCAGAGUCUUCCCAAUGUCACAUUGAUCCAAGGCCCGUUACUCGAUAACCCCCGCCUGAUCGAUUCGCUGUUCGAGGGAGCCACUCUUGCCUUCAUCAACACCACGUCUCAGGCCGGAGAUGAAGUUGUCAUCGGGCGUGCGCUAGCGGACGCCGCAAAGCGGGCGGGGACUGUUCACCAUUAUAUUUACAGCAGUAUGCCAGACCAUUCUGUUCAUGGGCCGUGGCCUGCGGUUCCCCUAUGGGCCCCCAAGUUCGCCGUUGAGAAUUAUGUACGGCAAUUGGGGUUGCCGGCGACCUUCGUGUAUGCGGGGAUCUACAACAACAACUUUACCAGUCUACCCUACCCCCUCUUCCAGAUGGAGCUCAUGCCGGACGGUAGCUUUGAAUGGCAUGCUCCGUUUGAACCGGACACGCCGCUGCCGUGGCUAGAUGCAGAGCACGACGUCGGGCCCGCAUUGCUGCAAAUAUUCAAAGAUGGUCCGAAGAAGUGGCAUGGUCACCGAAUUGCUCUCACUUUCGAGACGCUCUCCCCGAAUCAGGUCUGCGCGGCUUUCUCCAGAGCUCUUGAUCGCCCCUGCCGAUACGUCCGGGUACCCAGGGUCGAAAUCAAAGUACAUAUUCCUCCCGGUUACCGGGAACAGCUGGAAGCAAUCGAGGUCGUUUUCGGACAGUACAACGCCCCUUACUUCCCUCAACCGGAAUUCUCGCGGCCUGCGGCUGGCUCGCCCAAAGGAUUGGGACCGGCAAAUGGGAAAGGCGCCGGGAACGGAGUCAUGCAGGGCCCCGGCGGAGUGGUCUCGCUGCGGGUAACGGACGAGGCACGACACCUGUGGCAGGGCUGGAGGGAUAUGGAGGAGUAUGCUCGAGAGGUAUUCCCGAUUGAGGAAGAGGCGAACGGACUGGACUGGAUGCUGUGA